CGUAUUUUUGCUGUUCGUGCGACUUCGAUUUCAUCUGGAAGAAGAUGUUCUCCAAGGAGGUGACGCCAUGUUCAACAUGGGCCUGCUUGCGCAGAAGAGUCGUUGCGAAAUUUCCAAACUUCCAAUACCGAGGCAUUUUGACCUAUGGGAAGCGUGGCAAUACACCACGACGAAGUUUACCAGUCGGGAAUUCACGAGAAGGCUCGGCGGCGCAAGAUCCUGACCUUCAUCGUUACGACAGCUGUACUCUGGAAAGAAACAAACACGACCUUCGCAAGUCAUCUCUCGCGAAUUUCGCGGGUUCUGACGCAGGCAACAGGAGUAGAGGUCAGGAACAUUAUGAUCCAAGAAAUGUUUUCGCAGCAGGUCUCCAGAGGCCAGUAGUUGGAGCUGCCGUCAGCGCGGAAAAGAAGAACGAUGACGACUUCUCAAUACUUGACGAUUCGGAGGUUCCUGAUCCUCCUGUGCCGUCAAAAAUGCAAAAACACACGAAGCGCAAAGCAACAUCUUCGAGCAGUAUCGAGAGUGAACAUAUUCGACAUGGUGCAUGGGCAGAACUUAGUGGUGGACGGAGAGGUCAGGAUUCUCCAAAAAUAGGCGACCACGAGGACAUCAUGCCUACUCCGAGUAGCGCGUUAGAAGACCAUCAUAUGAAAUCGCAUCGCCGAGUCGUACGAAAGCCGCAUCUCUACGCUCUGCCAGAGGUACGAAAAUCGGUUCAGAUUUUGUGCGCAGAUUACGUGAAUCAUGACACGCUUGGAGCGCCAUGGCCGUGGGUAACCUGGUUUCAGGCUCUAACACGGCAUCGCGACAGGGAGGCUGUAGAAGCGCUGGCAGACAAGCUUUGGGGCUCCCCACUGCUACAACGAAUACCCGAACCUUCGAGUGGUAUUCAGCCUGAUGGCAUUCUCUCGGAGGAAGCUGCAUCACACAUACCUACGUCGCAAGAAGUGAAAGAAGAAAAAGACAUUACAUUCAAUGUAGAUGAGGACAGUGCGCCAACGCUAGCUGAAUACGGCGCUGGGCGUGGUCGGAAGUCGAAAGGCAGAGUAGCCAGCUCGAGCAGCAGCUCGGGUGGGCACUUGAACUCAGGGACACCAGGAGCAAGAACAGAAGCGAGAGAACGAGUCUCUAUGGAGGACAAUCCAUGGCCGGCGUUUCACUCUGCGCUACAUGCGUUAGUCUCCACAGGAGCCUCGCGAAAGACGUUUAUGGAGCUCUUUCGGCGACUUCCGGUGGAUAGAGUAUCAGUGAAUGCGUUCAAUAUCGCUUUGACUUGUGUAAAACACGAUCACACGCUUAGAGACAAGCAAUCGGCUGCGACUGACUUGGUGCAUGAGAUGCAACUACGCGCAGAGAAGAAUCCAGCACUCUUGCCGGAUGAUUAUACCUGGAACACUGUCUUAGCGUGUUGUCGCCCCCUGCAAGCUUUACCACCGCAAACUGGGGGAGAGCGAGACGAGACAAGAAGAAAUAGAGGUGAAGCUAGAGCAGGGGUACUUGUUGAUAAACGCGACGAAAUCGAUCGUGAAAGGUCAAAGUUUACGCUGCCUGCCCCGGAACUGAUUUUUUCUCAGUUGGUGAAGAAAAAGACUCCACUAACCUACUUGGGUAUUAUUCGGCUGUGCCGGUAUCGCGCAGAACUCGCGAUGAGAUAUCACACUGCGAUGCUAGCAGAGGGUUACGUUUGCGUGCAGGCGACCACAUGUUUACUUAUUAGUCUCAAACUUGCGGGCGAGCCUUUCGCUGCGUACAAAAUGGGAUAUGAAAACGUAAUGCAUAACUGGCACUUGCUCGACGAAGAUGUUCCAACGACGUCGCGAGGACAGUGUGAUUUAUUUUCAGCAGGGCCUUCUUCUUGCGCAUCUGCCGAUACCAAAAGCAAUCUGGAAAAGUUAAAAGACGGUAGAAACGAUACAAAAAAGAUUAAUGGUAUGAAAAGCCAACACAAACGAGAUGAAGAAGGUUGUGAAGAAGAAUCGCGCUCAACGCAAGAAAGUUCUCACGCCAAUGGGAGGAAAGUCCCGCUGCAAGCCCUAGACAAGGCUUAUUACAUGAAGCUCAUAGAAACAGUUGGUGUGCCUCUUGCACGCAAAGCGAAACAACCUGUCUUGAUGCACAAUAUUAAGAUUAGCACAAAGGAUAAGAAGGCGCCGUAUUAUGCUGAACAUUGCGGUGAUACUUGUUUUUCUUCUGACUCCUACUCAGAGGACGCGUCCAGUGAGGCGGAUCACGAGGACCACGAUGGCUCCUCAGAACCAGAAGUGUCAAAGGGAUGGAGCUUGACUGCCGCACAGAAGAUGCAGAUCUUUUUGUUGCGAGAGAUCUUUGCGCAACUGCCACGGCAACAGAGGAGCAAUCCCGAGGUUGUGCAUAAGAUUCUGUCUGUUUUUCUGACGAUAAAAAAGAGGGAUUCACGUAUUCAGGAAAAUGCUAAGGAUGCUGGCCGAAGCAUAUAUCUUAGGUAUCGGGGAUCAAUGAAAGCACAUGCAAUGGCAGCAUGGGGAAACGCGUACUGGCACUCAAGGAUAGAAGAACUGAUGAAGGGAGUUGUUAUGAAUGAUCAAAGAUCCUCAUGAACGCGGGGGAGGUUAGACCAGGGAGGGUUAGACCUGAAGUACAUGACCAUGACGAUUUAGAAGCUAGAAUGCCCCAACCUUAACCUUUAUAACCAAGCUAUGUUUUUAUUGCAUCUGACAAGGCGGACUGAGUAUAACUGAGGAAAUACGAGAGAAAAAGUACAAGAUGGAAGUCACAAAAGGUGGUCUCUUAUAAAGAGGGUUGUUGUUGAGUGCACACAAGGUGGUGAGAAACACGUAGUAACAUCCAUCGUGUUAUCUUUUCGACCGAGGUGUCAUGGUCGACGCAAUCUUUUAUGGCUUAGUAACGGGGGG